AUGUAUGACUCUACCAUGGACCACAUCAUCUACUGCCUGCUGGUCCUGGGAGCCACAGUGAUGAUCACCCAUGCAUGCCCCAAGUACUGCUCAUGCCAGAAUCUGUCCGAAUCCCUGGGGACUUUGUGUCCCUCCAAAGGCCUUCUUUUCGUGCCUCCAGACAUCGACCGCAGCACGGUAGAGCUCCGGCUGGGAGGCAACUAUAUUCUCCGCAUUACGCAACAGGACUUUGCCAACAUGACCGACCUGGUGGACCUGACCCUCUCCAGGAACACCAUCAGCUACAUUCAGCCUUUCUCUUUUGGUGACUUAGAAACACUGCGCUCGCUUCAUCUGGACAACAACCGUUUAACGGAGCUAGGCCCUGAUGACUUGCGAGGUUUGGUCAACCUGCAACACCUCAUUGUUAAUAACAACCAACUGGGACGUGUCCACGACAAGGCUUUUGAGGACCUGGCACCUGCCUUGGAGGAUCUAGAUCUCUCCUACAACAACCUAAUGUCUCUGCCCUGGGACUCAGUCCGCCAGAUGAUUAACCUGCACCAGCUUAGUCUGGACCACAACCUGUUGGACUUUAUUCCAGAGGGGACCUUCACUGACCUAGAAAGGCUGGCUAGAUUGGACUUGACCUCGAAUCGCUUGCAGAAGCUACCCCCAGACCCCAUCUUUGCCCGCGCUCAGGACUCAAUGAUCCUGACUACACCCUAUGCUCCCCAGCUGUCCCUGAGUCUAGGCGGGAACCCACUACACUGCAACUGUGAGAUGCUGUGGCUGCGGAGGCUUGAGAGAGACGACGAUCUGGAGACUUGUGCCUCCCCUCCUGCCGUGAAGGGUCGUUACUUUUGGAAUGUGAAGGAGGAGGAAUUUUUGUGUCAGCCACCUCUUAUUACCCAGCACACUCACAGAAUGCUGGUAUUGGAGGGCCAGACGGCCAGCCUGAGGUGCGAAGCAACUGGAGACCCUUCUCCUACCAUCCACUGGAUCUCCCCUGAUGAUCGGCUACUUGGCAACUCCUCCCGAACUGCAGUGUACAGCAAUGGAACCUUGAGCAUCACCAUCACCACCUCCAAGGACUAUGGCACCUUCACCUGCAUCGCUGCUAAUGUGGCUGGGGAGUCCACUGCUUCCGUGGAGGUGUCCAUUGUUCAGCUCCCACACCUCAGCAAUGGCACCGGGCAGCCAGCACCACCGAAGUCCCGCCUCUCUGAUAUCACAGGGACCACUAGGAUCAGCAAAGGGGCUCCCAAGAACCAACCAGAGAGGACUGUCUCCGUCUCCGAGGUGACAGCUGUUUCAGCACUGGUCAAGUGGACAGUGAGCAAGUCAGCUCCCAAGGUGAAGAUGUACCAGCUCCAGUACAACUGCUCUGAUGAUGAGGUUCUCAUCUACAGGAUGAUCCCGGCCUCCAGCAAAGCUUUCCUUGUGACCAAUCUGGUGUCAGGGACUCGCUACGAUCUGUGCGUGCUGGCCGCUUGGGAUGAUACCGCCACCACGCUCACGGCCACGAACGUUGUGGGGUGCACCCAUUUCUUCACCCAAGAUGAUUACCCUCAGUGUCAGUCUCUGCCCAGCCAGCUGCUGGGAGGCACCAUGAUCCUGGUGGUUGGGGGCAUCAUCGUUGCCACUCUCUUCUUGGUCUUCAUCGUUAUCUUGAUGGUGCGCUACAAGGCAGCAGACACCGAACCCCCAGUUGGGAAAUUGACCAAUGUCAGUGACACGCACUCUCAAACCAACGGUGGUCGACUCGGGCAAAAUGGACUCCUCAUGCCCCAAUCUCAGCCACAGCCUGAACCGGUCAAGGCCAAGGUGACUCUGCAGGACGAAGUGGUGGAGUUCAAGUGCGGCUCCCUCCAGAGCAGCCUCACCUCUUCGUCCUCAUCCUCAGGCUCCAUGGCAGGUGGCUCGUACAGCCCAAACACCACACUUGCCAACAUUUGGAGGUCAGCUCCCCCCAAGCCCCGGACCAACCUGGACCACCUGCUCGGGGCAUUCACCUCGCUGGAGCUGCGGGGGGUGCAAAGUCGUGACCCAGGAACCUCCAGUAGUAGCGCUGUGACAGCAGCAGGGAAACCCCACACAGACAGGGAGCCGCUGCUGGGCCGGACGCUGGACUCCAGCCUCAGCCGGCUCCUCAUGCUACCUCUGGACUCCAAGCCGAAAAGGAGCCAGUCCUUUGACAUGGGAGACGUAGCAAGCGCCAGCGCCGCGCAGCUGUGCAACAAACCGCGCCGCAUCAGCAGCAUCUGGACUAAGAGGAGCCUGUCUGUAAACGGCAUGCUGCUGCAGUGCGAGGAGGAGGGGGACACGGGAGGGAGCAAGGGGACAAUAGACAGCGCUGACUGGGUGAUGGAGAGUACUGUCUAGGAGGGACCGUCACACUGUCAAACACUGCCCAAACGGACGGCAAACAGCCAUGCCAAGACAG